AGCCCCCCCAACCCCUUGUCUCACCCCCCAUUUUCCUUCCUCCUUAGCUCACCCCCAAGGAGGGAGGGGGAAACCUGAGGCGAAAAAGUGAACCAGGGGGAAGGGUUUCCUUUUUUAUUAUUGUUAUUUGUCUAUAGGAUUAAAAACCUUCCACUCCAAAUCCUGUUUUUUAGGCUCCCCGUCCCUCCUACCAGUACCUCAGCGUUGUUUUUAAGCUUCUCUCCCCUCCCUCAUCAAAGAAGAGCCUGCCUUUCUUUCGCUCUCCCCACCCCACCCUAUCCACUUAUAUAGAGUGGACAUCAGCUGCAGUUUUAUGUCUCACCUCCCUGGCAGGUAUUAAUUCCGCCCCAGUUCGGUGGGCAUAUUUCUCUUUUCAGCACCAAAGUUGAUGCUAUUGGAGUUCCCUUAGUCUUUUUUCUGAUUCUCACCUGCUUUCCAGGUGUUUCUGUUCAUGCAUAGGUUUUAAUCGCCCUUUCCUACAUGCAAAGAGGACUCCCUCCCCCUGCAGAGAUGCUCUGGCUUUAAAAAAGGAGUUUACUGUAUAUGUUUCCCUUCCAGAGCCCCAGGAAUAAAUGUCUGCCUCAUUUUAUUCUUCUUAAUAGCAAACCCUGUUUAUUUCGCAGGUGUUAAUGCUAAUCAAUUUUCUUCUUGCACAUCACUUCCGCUGCCUACUUUUACUUGGAAAAACUGCAAGUGAGGGACAGUUUCUCCUUUUCUGGAGGGGAAGAGGGUUUUUUUUCUGCUGCCAAAUUUCUUUUCUUUUCAGAAACUGCCCCAAUUAGAGCAAGCCCAUUACUCUCUUGCCCACAUAGCAGUAUCUUCCCUCCAACCCUAAGUGGAGGUUUUCAUCCCUUCAAAAAUAGGGUCCCUUUCCCAUCCAUUGGCCCUUGUGAAUGUCAUUCUUUAUUCAUGGUCCACGUAGGAACCCUUUUUGGCCCAUCAACUGGCUGGUGUCCUUUCAUCCUUGUGGGGCAGAAGGAGCCUGGUAACCUUGACAGCCGUUCCCCCUCCAGGCUAGAAAAAAGUCAAUGGUGUGGAGCUUUAGCACCUCUUAAGUAAUGACUGCAGAGGGUCCAUGAAAAGUGAAGAAGGAGUUCCCCCUCCGACAGAUAGCUGCCUUGCUUGCCUGGCCAUGGAGUGUGUGCAGGUUCCUCCCAUGCAGCAGCAACAGCAGGGAAAUCCGACUGAGGGGGACCGUCUCCUGCUGCUCCUGCCACCUUCUCCCACUUUACAGAAGGAAGAGGAAAGUACACUGGGAGACUCUGAUCUCUGGGUUGCCUCCCAGUCAGAAGACAGCCAAGCUGGUCUGAAACUUGAGGAUGCUCCGACUAUUUUAGAACAUGUUGAAAGCACAGAGAACUUUCAGUCCCAGCCCAACCCUGCUGCACUCAGGGAUCACUCUAGCACAAAGAUGGUGGACCGAUGUACAGCAUGUUCUUCAAAGGAGAAUUCGGAGGAAACUGUGGGUUCUGAGGGGUCAGAGGAGUUGCAGCCUUUGAGCCACCCACUGCAGGAAGAGCCAUGGGCAAAUGAGGUGUCCUGUCAUAACUCUUCCUCAGCCACGGAGUCUGGUGCAGCUAUCCAAGAAUGCCUUAGGGACACUGAGAAAUCUGCCCAGCAAAAUGGGAGUUUGCAAGAAAAUGCGGACUCCCUGUCUCAAAAAUGUUCUUUAGGCUUAGAUACAGCAGGUGGGGAGAAUCCGGACCAACCCAGCCAAGGUUCUCCGUCAGCUGAAGAUGGGAAGCUCAAGCCUGGGGCGAAACAUGUCACGUUUCCUUCUGACGAAGAUAUUGUGUCUGGUGCUGUGGAACCCAAAGAUCCUUGGCGACAUGCUCAGAAUGUGACUGUGGAUGAAGUUCUCACUGCCUACAAGCAGGCCUGUCAGAAAUUAAACUGCAAGCAGAUUUCCAAACUACUGAAGCAGAUCCAGGAAUUCAAGGACCUAACGCCCAGGAUAGAUUGUCUGGAUCUGAAAGGCGAGAAGUUAGACUACAAAGCGUGUGAAGCUCUGGAAGAGAUUUUUAAGCGCCUCCAGUUCAAAAUAGUAGACUUGGAGCAAACAAACCUCGAUGAAGAUGGUGCCUCGGCGCUGUUCGAUAUGAUCGAAUACUAUGAGUCAGCCACACACCUCAACAUUUCCUUUAACAAGCACAUUGGCACACGGGGUUGGCAGGCAGCUGCGCAUAUGAUGAGGAAGGUUGCAACGGCUCUGAAGAUGAACAUGAACUUGCGAGAGCUUUACCUGGCCGACAACAAGCUGAACAGCCUCCAGGAUUCCGCUCAGCUGGGCAACCUCUUGAAAUUCAACUGCUACAUCCAGAUCUUGGACUUGAGGAACAACCACAUUCUGGAUUCAGGCCUGGCAUACAUCUGCGAGGGCUUGAAGGAGCAGCGCAAAGGCCUUGUCACGCUGGUCCUCUGGAAUAAUCAGCUGACUCACACCGGCAUGGCCUACAUGGGGAUGACGCUGCCUCACACACAGAGCCUGGAGACCCUGAAUCUGGGACACAACCCCAUCGGCAACGAAGGCGUCCGCAACCUGAAGAACGGGCUCAUCAGCAAUCGCUCAGUGCUUCGGCUGGGCCUGGCUUCGACGAAGCUGACGUGCGAGGGUGCGGUGGCGGUUGCCGAAUUCAUUGCGGAGAGUCCCCGCCUGCUCCGGCUGGACCUCCGGGAGAAUGAGAUCAAGACGGGGGGACUGAUGGCCCUCUCCUUGGCCUUGAAGGUCAACCAUUCGUUGCUGCGGCUGGACCUCGACAGGGAGCCCAAGAAGGAAUCGGUAAAGAGCUUUAUUGAAACCCAGAAGGCCCUCCUGACGGAGAUCCAGAAUGGCUGCAAGCGCAACUUCGUCCUGGCCAAAGAAAAGGAGGAGAAGGAGCAGAAACUCCAGCAGUCCGCCUCCAUGCCCGAAAUCAUGGUGACUGAGCCCCUGGAAGAGGGGGCCGUGGAGGAGGAUGGGCAGAACGGCGACCCAGCGUCUCUGCCAGAAGAGGGAGAGGAAGUCGGGGAGAGCCUGGUGUCCCGAGAGAACGGGGCUGUCGAUAAGAACGGCAGCCAGGACGAGUCGUCCGACUCUGAUUCAGACACAGAUGAAGAGGAGGAUGAGAAACUGGAGAUGAAGGCUCUCCCUCCCUUGCAGAAGGAACGCAGCAGCCCCGAUCAUGCUGACAGUUCACCCAAGCUCCCCUCCCCUUUAAAGAGCAAGGAUCCUCUUAGCUCUGAAAAUGCAGCCCCCCCAUUGAACACUACCGAGGAGGUGAAAUGUGAAUCUCGAGGAGGAGUUGCAAGCGGGCCGCCAGCACAACCCAGCACUCCUCCUGCAAACGAGCGACGAAUAGCGGUCUCCAGUCCGGGACGAGGCCACAAGAUCUUCGUCGUGACGCGGGUGGAGAGCCUGCCGGAGAAGGAGGGCGGGAGCGGCGUACAGCAGCCGAGUCCUCUCCCUCCGACGACGGUGCCUCCAAAGAAGGCGAACUCUUUGGCCCAGCCUCAGCCCGCAAAAAAUUCACACUCAGGUGGCGAAACGGAGGGGCCCGCUUCGGAGUCCACGGCGAACUCCAAACCGACUCCCUCCACGCCAAGCUCCGAUUUGGAGGUGGAAAAGGUGGGCUCUGGGCCGUGCGAGGGCGCGACUCCCCACGCUCUGUUGUUGCCUAAUGGACUCAAGACAGAGUUUGCUCACGCGCUACCCGACGUGGCUUUGGGGCGUGAUGGGAAAAUUUCCAGUUGUGCCGUAGAACACGAGCUAAACUGUUCCAAAAACGAGAAGGAGUUGGAGGAAUUACUUUUGGAAGCCAGUCUAGAGAUGGGGCAGGAGCCAAUGUAAGGAGUUCCGGACCAUUCUGCAUCCAGUGGAUUCUGUUUGGGAAGUGCUUCUCUAGCUUUACUCCCUUCCUGCACCCAUGCAAUAUUUUUUGGGUGGAGUGGGGUAAAGGACGGACUCUGCAAGACGGAGGAAGUGUGACUCCCCCCUUUGAACUUCAUUUCCUGUUAUGCCCGCCCCACCCUUCUUGACGUCUUCCCUCUGAAAAAGAGAUGUUCUGCCAGGGAGAUGCUCCAGGAAACAGAACAAGGGAGAAGCCCUUGGCCUGCAGAAGAGCUUUCUUACCUGAGGACAGGCUGAACUCCGGACACCUUCAUGGCUUCGGUUUAUCUCUCUGAAAACUCUAGCCAGGGGCAACUUGCAAUGUUUUUUCUUUCUUCCUGGGAUGACCCGUGCGAGUUUGAUUGGCGAAGAGACCAUCUUCUAGACUUUGGACCACUGAGCAGGAAUCCCCCCCCCCUUCUCUCUCCAGUCUAACUGGGGAAGGUUUUUUUAAAAUAUACAAACAGAAGUCCGAGAGCUGAACAGGGGGGCCUCUGUUCUCGCUUUCUGCACAGUUGGAGCGUGGCCGGCCACGGUAGAGCCGGUUUUCUCCCAAGAACACUACUCAUGAAGGGCACAGCUGUCCUGGGCCCAGAUGUUGAAAGCAUUACCAUGUGGCAGCCCCAAUGCCGAGAUAUGUCAGGAAAGACUAUGAAGGCUGUUAAAACCCACCGCGUAGACUACUAUUUAUUUUUAUUUCAUUCCUCUCCCUGAUCCACCCAAAAGCCGUGUCUCCUUGUUUGUUUGUCUUCUGUUGGUGUCUAUUUAUAAUGAAAUAGGAACGGUUUCCCUUUUAAACUUACUGCCCUUUCAGGACGAGUUGGCCUCCUUUCCCUUAGUUUUGUGGAGCUUCACCUACUGUGAAACCUUACACUUGCAAAAAAAGAAAAGAAAAAAAAAGAAGGAUGGCAGACGGGAGGAUGAACACUCGUCCCUGUGGAGCGGACCGCAGUAAAUAAUGCAGCAGAAGGAGGGACUUCAUGUGCAUCGGUGGGAUCCUUCCUGCCUGGGUGGGCAGGGGGGGCACCCAUAAGAAGACAGCCACAGUCCUCCCGCCUACUCUAGUCCCUUCAAUCUUUGUUGGAAAUGUGCACCUCCAAGGAAGACAUUCCCCCCCCCCCACGCCAUGCCAUGCUGAACUUUUGGACAGUGGCUGUAGGAUGCAUAUACGGCUGGUUCUCUAGCAAAUUCCUUAACUGAUGGUAAACCUUACACUGCAUGUAUGCAGUGGGAGAGGAGGGGGUGUUUCGUUUGGUUAUAUCCUCCCCCCUCCACUCCACCUGAUAAAGCUGACUUGAGAACCUCCUUUGGAUGCUGCUGAUUUGUGGAUAGUAGAAUCUCCGUUUGCUAAACCACCUCUUUGUAUAGCAGCUGGUUUUACUACAGUUCCCGAGUCGACAUAUAUCAACAGCAAGUGAGAUAUGUAGCUGCAAGGAUAAUGUUCGCAAGGGUAGAUGAUGACGUUUGCCCACCAGGGUCCUUCAGAGUCCCAGGUUGACUGUUGUUUUAGAAUAAGACUGAAUCCAUUCCAACCAAAGCUUGCUUUCCUUAAUUGGGGGGGGGGGAGAGAGAGAGAGAAUUGAGCCUUGAUACCACCAUCUGAAGUGUGAACCUUUCUCAAAGCUGUGUUCCAUUUAUAGAAAGGGCUCCAGAUUUCGGGCAGGGAGGCCACCAUCAGGGGCAUUGCAGAGGUCAACCAAAAUGUACGUAAGUAGAUAGGGACUGGGGGAAAUGGAUUGUUUUUGUUUCUCAGGGAAGGGUGGGGUUUUUUUUGCCACAUCUGCCCAAGUUGCCCUGCUUUCCCGCGUGACAACAAGCUAGAAUUCCUCCAAGUAUUUUGAUUAGAGCCUACGAAGCUAGCUUGCAGUUUUCCCCCCCCCCCCCGGCCCCCGGCUGCCUGUUGCUGAUGAUGCAUCGUAGCCGGAUGCGGAACAGAGAUGCCAGACAUUUGUGCAGAAAGCAGAGAAAUCUAGGUGCAAGCAGUUCCAGAGACAGAAAUCUCACUUCUCCCUGCAAGCAGGGAAGCAGCUUGUUCACCACAGAGGUGACGAGGGUCGAGACCCUACCUACUCAAUAGAUUUCCCUCGGUAACAUCUCUGCCUAGGUGGUCGUAAGAUUUGAUGCAAGCCGCCGUUCCUUUUCCUUUAAACUUUGGUGGCUGGAAGAACGGGUGCUCUCUGGAUCUUUGAAAUCAUCCCCCCCCUAAUGUUUAUUGGAGCCCUUUCCCCACCCUCAGAUCUCUAAACCCCCAAUCCCAAACUGCUCGCAGAAAACGAGCUGAGCGGUCUCACCCAGAUCUGUGACUGACUACUGCUUGCCUCUCUCUCCCCCCCCCCAAAAAAAGUGGAAUCUCUCUGAAGAUCUACGGUACUCCUGCGUGACUUAAACAGGAAUGAAAAGAAGCCUCUUUUUCUUCCCCCACAAUAGAGCAGAGGAAACUACCUCCCCAUCCACCCAAAAAAAAAAUGGACGAGGGAAGGAUUGGCUGUUGGGUAGAUGUAGAACGUAAAGCUUUUUACUUUAUUAUUAUUAUUGUUAUUAUUAUUAUUUCUUAAGUGCAAUAAAAUCUUUCAGGGAGCUUGAGAGGGCACUUGCUGCAUGGAAUUUAAGGUUGGAGAGGCAGAAACGAAACUUUCUGUGCCCUUCAUCGACUUGUCCAUGAUUCUCUCUUUUUUCACACCUUUGUCCACGUGCAUCCAGAAACGCACGUGCGCACACACCGUAGAUAUAUGUAUAUACACCUAAGGGGUUUUGCUGCAUUGACACUACAUUUACAGAAAAAAGACGGCGCCAGUUUGAUUUUGUUUUCUUCCUUUGUCAUUUUUGUUUUUGUGUGAAGCUUUAUUUUUGUUGAGAAACUGUCUUCUAUUAAAUGAAAAGCUGCAUUCA